UAGAAGUGAAUCAUAGAGGUAAAGCAGAGUGUGAAAAUGAAGAGGGUAUCUGCAUCAGUUUUUUGUUUGACAGUUGUGUUACUUCUCAUAGUUGGAGCCAUGAAGCCAGUAAAUGGCUUUAGCUGUUUGAAGGCAAAACUCUCACUGAUAACAUGCUUACCUUUUCUCACCUUGAAUGAAAAUAGCCCUUCAACUGCUUGUUGUAAUGCGGUGAGCAAUGUAAAAGUUUCAGCACCUACGAAACCUGAACUUCGUGAGGCAUGUGAGUGUCUCAAGGCAUCGUCUGAUGAAAUUCCUAACCUAGACAAAGAUAAAGCCAUUCAACUUCCAAAACUAUGUAAAGUUAAUGUGGAUUUUCCCAUCUCCAAAGACAUCAAUUGUACCAACAUCUCUCUCUGAGUAAGAGUUUGAGGAUGAAAUGAGACAUUGAAUAUGGUGGAUUAUGCUUGGAACUUCCUUUUAUUUUCAUGAAAAAAAUAAGAUUAUUUACUCAACUUGUGUGGAAGAGACAUUUGUAUU